AUGAUCAAAGUCGCAGUGGUUGGUACUAACGGACUGGCGCAGUACAUUGCGAACGGCAUCGCAACACAGACGUCCCACCAGUUCGUCGUUCUAUCUCGAAGGCCAAGUCCAGGUUUGACAGCAAGGGGAUGGCAAGUACUUCAGGUCGACUAUUCCAACUCCGCCGACCUCAGAUUCAAGCUGGCCGGUGUUGACACGGUUAUCUCGACAAUCAGCGGCAAUGCGCAGCUUGCCUUGAUCGACGCCGCGGCCGCAGCUCACGUACGACGUUUCGUGCCAUCAGAGUUUGGCGGACCCCCAUCCUUGCGCCCGCAAAACGAUCUCCUAGACAAUGGUCGACGCGCAGCCAUACUGCGGCUUCAUCAACACGAGUCCUCGGGCAUGAGGUUCACAGUCUUCACGUGUGGUAUUCUCUACGAGCGGUUUGCUCCGGGAGGAAUGGCGGCCUCGCAAAUCGGCCUCGCAAGCAACAUUGGUCAAGAGGGUGAUUAUCUGAUGGACUUUCGCCGAAGGAGAGCGCAGGUGCCUUACCUCAACAGUGCUGGACAACCUGCUACGAUAUGCAUGACCUCCGCUGCCGAUGUCUCCCGGUUCGUAAUUGCAGCGCUGGAUCUGCCAUCCUGGCCGCGAGAGUUCCGCCUCCGCGGGGAACGUAUGAAUGUAAGGGAGGUCGUGUCCAUCGCCGAGGACAUUCAAGGUACGUCAUUUGAGAUCUCGGGGCACACGAGGAGCUCAUUGCAGGACGCGCUGACAUAUGCGAGGGCCGUAGGCGAUCGUGCACGCGAAACUCGUGUCCAUCAUUUGAUCGCCACAGCCGAGGGUCGCUACGACUUUGCCAACACCAACUUGAACCAGCUGGUCUCGGUUCAACCGGAGAGCUUUCGAGCCUGGCUGUUACGGGUCUGGUCGCCCGUCACUUGA